AUGUAUUCAUCUUCAAAUUCUUUCAUCGGCGGUGCCAACAGUGCACGCCCCGGUGUCGGGGGUUACGGCCAGCAACAAUCCUUUGGCGGCUUGAAUCAAGCUCCCCAGCAACCCUCUCCUUUUGCUCCCCAACCCCCCGGAUUUCCCGGUCAGUUACAAUCCCAGCAAACAGGCUUCCCUGGGUAUGGCCAGCAGCAGAACUAUCAGGCUCCUGCUCCUCAACAGCCUCAAUACACCGGAUACCCGCCCCAGAACCAGGCUCAGCAGGCACCGCCAUUCCAGCAACAGCCCUCCUUCCAGUCAGCACCGCAACCGCAACCACCACCUCCACCACCACCACAACAGCAGCAGCCUCCGCCUGCCCCUCUGCGCCCCCAGCAGACCUCGGCACAAAUUGCGCAAUCUUUUGCGACGGGUUCGUCGAGUGCGCCUGCACCAGAUAGAAGGAGGAGCAAGAGCGUGAGCAAGAUACCAAACAUUCGCUUAUCAUUCAUUACCGCAACCGAUCAGGCCAAGUUUGAGCAACUGUUCAAGUCAGCCGUGGGUGAUAAUCAGGCGAUCAGUGGAGAGAAAGCAAGGGAUCUUCUCCUGCGCUCUAAACUCCCGGGAAACGCCUUAUCACAGAUAUGGAUUCUAUCAGACACCACGAAGUCGGGGCAGCUCUUGUUCCCAGAAUUUGCAUUGGCCAUGUAUCUCUGCAAUCUGAAAUUGACGGGGGCAGCAUUGCCAUCAGUUCUACCAGAAAAGGUUAAGAACGAAGUGUCAAGCAUGGUGGACAUCAUCUCAUUUGGAGUUCCAGAUGACAAAGCACCAGCACCGCCGUCACGUACGAAUGUGCCCAAUUUUGACACACCGUUGAGAGAAAAUGCUGUAUCUCCUCCAGCCCCCCAGGCUCCUCAACCACAGCAAGCUUCAAACCAACAGCUUUUGUCACAGCUUACGUCUCAGCCAACAGGAUUUUAUAACCAGGCAACAGGAUUUCAGCCUGGUCCUCAACCGCAAAACUUUCCUGGCCAGCAAAGCAUGCAGCCUCAACCUACUGGGUAUAUGAACAACUCUAACCCCUCGGCCUAUAUGGGCCCUCGUCCACCACUUCCACCAAUGCCCAGUGGAUUUGGAAACAACAUGUCCCCUCAACAGACGGGCAUGCAGUCUCUACAGUCUCAGCCAACAGGCCUCCCAGGUCAGUGGGGUUUUGUGAACGCUCCAGCGACAGGAUUGCCAAAUAUUGAGGCCCUUCAACAGAGGCUUAUGCCUCAAGCCGGUCGUGAGGGUGGGUUCACCACGCAAGGUCUUGCUGGGAGUGCUAAGGUCCCAUGGGCUGUCACAAAGGACGAGAAGAGAAUUUAUGAUCAACUCUUUAAAGCAUGGGAUGGUCUGGGCAAAGGAUUUAUUACAGGCGAUGUGGCCAUUGAAAUCAUGGGUCAAAGUGGAUUGGAUAGGACCGACUUGGAAUCCAUUUGGACGUUGUCAGACCCCAACAACAAAGGACGUCUGAAUAUGGAUGAAUUCUCAGUGGCAAUGCAUCUGAUCUACCGCAGAUUGAAUGGCUAUCCAGUCCCUGCUCGACUGCCUCCAGAGCUGAUUCCACCGUCCACGAGAAAUUUCAGUACAUCCAUUGAUACAGUAAAAUCUCUACUGUCUCAAGAUGCAGAAAGUCGAAAAUCAUCAGGCGCCUUUUUGCAACCACAAAGAACAGGAGUCAGCUAUCUGAAGGAUCACUCUUUCCGAGGUGGAGCAAACUCGCCUGGCUUUGGCCGCAAGGAUGCCACCGUCUACCGUAAUAACGACGAUGACAUCGGAUAUCGCUCUAGUGCUAGACGCAGGAUCGGUGCUGGAGGCAGAACACCCUCCCCUGCACCAUCCUCAGAAAUGUCUGACACCACAUAUGAUGACUUGAGCCCCGAUCAGAUUCGAAAGAAGAUUCGCGAGAAGAAGAUUCUGCUCGAUGCGACGGAUUUCCAGGAUGAAAGAGCAGCAGACGAUGAAGAUGUUCUUGAUCGCAGAGAUCGAAGAGAGGCAGAGGACCUUUUUCGACAGAUUCGCCGCCUUCAAGAUGACAUAGAUACUCAUCCUAAUGCCGGAUUUGGCGGCUCGGAUAGUGGUGCAGAGCGCAGAGCACUACGCAGAGACUUACAACGCUACCAAGAUCGACUACCAGCCUUAGCAUCGGAUGUCAGAAAGAUUGAAAAGAGCAUUGCCGAGUCCAAAAUGCAAUUGUUCCGGCUGAAAGAUGCUAAAGCACACCCAAACAGUGCAGCCAAUAUUGUUGGGACUGGCCCAGGUGGUUCCAUUACCGAAGCUGAUCGUAUCAAGUCUAGAGCUCGGGCUAGAAUGCAGGCUCGAGCCGCUGAAUUAGCCGGACGGCCCGCCCCCGCUGCUGAUGAUGAAGCAGGUGCCCAACGACGCGUUGAGCAAGAAAAUUCGAAGAUCCGAUCUGAACAAGAACGUAACGAAGGGAUGACUCGAGACGUUGAAGAAAGUGUCAAAGAUUUUGUCUCGAGUCUCGAAGACGGUCUUCGCGAACAGGGAGGCAACUCCACACAAGAGCAUGAACGACGGCGAUGGGAGGAAGCGUUGGGUGUUGAAGAUGAAGUUAAAGAACUCAUCUACGACCUUCAGAGAAGUAGUCGUACAGCCAAAGUCCGAAAGGAAGAGCAAUCGCGUCCAGUACAAAGAACACCGAAGGACUAUGCAAGGGAAGAGACAAAACAUGCCAAUGGGCACACGGAUUUGCCUUCGCGGCCUGUUCCAACCUCCACAUCAUCAUCGUCCUCCCUGGCUGGGCAAUCCCAACAAGACCGUAUUGCAUCCGCAAAGGAAAGGGCUCUUAAGCGUAUCCAGGACAGGAUGGCGGCGGCUGGUAUCAAACCGGCUGGAGAUUCUGGGGAAACUCUGCAACAACGACAGGAACGUGAGAAGCAGGAGAGGGCAGAGCGACUUCGCAAAGCUGAAGAAGAAGAUGCAAAACGUGAACAGGAAAGGCAGCAAAGAUUGGCCAAUGAGGGAGUUACACCUCCCAGUCCGAAAACGAGCAAGAAGCCGCCUCCUCCGCCUACUCGGAAGAAUCGACAAGACAGCUCCGAUUUCUCGGAUCGAAAGGCUUUAGAGGCUUCAGCUCGUGCCGAUGCUGAGGAGCAGGCUGCUCGAAUGAAAGCCGAACAAGAAGCAGCAACUCAAAUCAGAGCCGAGCAGCAGGCCCAGGAAGAAAAACGCAGGAAACUUGAGACUGAAGCCAAGUCUCAGGUGGACGACCUCGAAAAGGAGCGUGAAGCUGCUCAAGCCCGUCUGCGAGCUCUUGAGGAGCAAGUGAGGGCAGGCAAGAUCAAGAAGCAGGAAGAGAAGGCCCGCAAGAAAGCUGCAGAAAAGGAGGCAAAAGAAAAAGAGAGUAAGCUUGCCGCGCAACGGGCUGAGAUUGAAGCAGCACGAGAGAAGGAGCGACUUCUUCAACUGCAGCUAGAAAAUCUUGGUGAUGACUCGUCGUCAGAUGACGACGAUAGCCCACAGCAAAUCACACCGCAGGAGAGCACACCAGCAACAAGUCAAGUUCUCCCAAGCAGUGUAUCUUCACCACCAGCAGCUCCACCACCAGCGCCCUCCACAAGCAGUGGUUAUGAGCCCACACCAGUUUCCAGCCCUCCGGCCGAGGAAUCUCGGAAUCCAUAUUUCAAGAAGUUGUCGCAGUCAUCGGAUGCCGGGCGUCCUGCAUUUUCUCCACCACCUGUCCCUCAAGCGCAGCCAUUCUCACCCCCACCAGCACCAGCUACCGACUUUUCAUCAACGAACCCGUUCCACAGGAUUGCUCAGCAAGAGGCAGCGAAACCAUUGACUCCAAGCCUUACUGGUGCACAAUCGCGACGACGCCCAGAGGAGGAUGAAUGGUCGGCUGCAGGCUCUGAUAAGGAUGAAUCGAGCGAUGACGAAGAUGAGCCUCCUGCUGGCGGAUCUGCGAAACAGCUCGCUUCCCUCCUCUUUGGCACGAUGGCGCCGCCUAGACCGCUGUCUGCAAUGGAUAGCAAACCAGCGACUCCAGUUCAGGACGCUCCACCAGUUCCUGGCGCCUUUGAUUCUGCUCCCCCGGCUCCGCCGUUGCCAGAAAGUGGCGCACCUUCAGUACCCCCGCCUCCACCACCAGUUCCUAGCUCAGGUGCUCCCAGUGCUCCUCCUCCACCUCCACCUCCACCUCCGCCUGGAUUUGGUGCCCCAACGGGUGCACCACCGCCUCCUCCGAUGCCAGCCCCUGCUCCUCCCGGUGGUGCUGAUAUUGGAGCACUUCUGGGACAGAUUCAGAUGGGUAAAGGAUUGCGCAAGACUGAGACCAAAGAUCGUAGCACCUCAUCUGUUGCUGGAAGGGUGUUGAAUUGA